AUGGAGGAAGGGUGUAUCAAUUGUGGUUCCAUAGAUUUUGUUCUUGAAUCUGGUUUUUACUAUUGUAGUGAAUGUGGAACAAAAACAGAUACGGUUCAUUACCAAGAUAUUAUCACCAAAAGUUCACUGUACACUUCAGCAGCAAAAGGACCAAGAGAUUAUGAAGUAACAUUUGGUGUUAAAGUAAAUGAAGGUAAAAAAGAAAAGCGAAAAAAAAAUCCUUUUUCACGUUCUCAUCCUAAAUUAACAAAUUUUAAUGAAGCUUUAAGCCUUGUUGGAUCUCGUUUAAGUACUGCUACAAAAGUUCUUAUGGCUAUUUGCGAAUUUCUUAAGCAUGAAUGUAAAAUUAAGGAAGAAGUAACAGACCUUUGCAUGGCUAUUUUUCAAAAAUAUUUAUCCUUAAAUAAAGUUGCUUUCUGUAAAGAGGAAUUAAAUAAUGAAAAUGAAGAAUUAUUUUCUGUUUCUAUUCAUUUAAAGCCUCCUGAACUAAGGUGUUUAAUAAAAAAGAAAAAACAAGAAGCUGAAGAAUUGGCUAAAAAGGAAAUAAAUGAUAGACUAUUGAAUUUAGGAUUAUUUGAUCCCUGUGAUGAACCAAAUAAAAAUGAAAAUAUUAAUACAAAUGUUGAAGUAGUGUUAAAACCAGAAGAAUAUUAUUCGAUAAAGCAAACUUUAGUUUCCAAAAAGGCAUUAGAUCGGGGUGGUGGAAUAAAUUUAGAACUUAGUACUAUAUUUUCAAUUGUUCAUAUCUCUUUGAUAUACUCUGGAAUUCAUUUUAUUCAGAUGGUGGAUUUAAUGCGUUGGUUCAGGGAAGGAAGAUAUGCUUUUUCUCGUGAUCAGUUAAAUGAUUGUCAAAUAGUUAAAUUUAACAAAAAUGUAUGUGCAUAUAGAACACAAAUUGAUACGUUUAAUGAUAGUUCUCACAAAUUAUUUUCUUCACCUAUAAGUAAAUCUUAUUAUAGUCAUAUGUAUUUAUGGCAAUUUUUGUCAUUACCAAGACUAAUAGUACCAUUAGAUGCCUUUGAUGAAUUGGUUUGUAGAUAUAUUUAUGAAUUAAAUUUACCCAAAGCCUUUAUUAGUCGGAUACAAAUGUAUAGAGAAAUAUUCAAUCCACUAAAACGUCAAAACUGUGACUUAUGGGAAAAAUAUUUUCCUAUUGUUGAUGAUUCUGACGAAGUUGUAAUGGAUUCCUCAGUUAUAGAGGAUAAUUUUGCCAUUAGAAACCAUAAUAGAGAAGUAAUUCCAAAGUCACAUGAAACUUACAAUUUAUAUGAAAAAAAAAUUGACGUUAGUUUUACAGAUUUUCCUAUUGAAACUAAAGCAAUGGCUUUGAUUUUAUUUGCAUUGAAACGUGAGUUUUCUUUUAUUAAAAGAUUUGAAUUUGAUAGAAAAGGAAAAGGAGAUAGUUUUUGUUUUUCUACCUGGUUAAAACAAUUAAAUAUGCGAUGUCAAUUAGCUGAUGGUAAAUCAGUUAAUUAUGUAAUUUCUGAAAGAAGUUUACAAACUUUUGAUUAUGAAUUUAAAUAUAUUUUUCGUGAAGAUGGCAAUUUUCUCAAUUUGGAUCUAUGUGAUGAUCGUGAAUCACAUUUCGAUCAUCAAAUUCCAUCAAAAAAUAGAAUACUUUUGAAUCAAAAUUCUCUCUCAGAUUGUUUACAAGGCAUGAUUGAUGUACCAAGGAACAGUGAAAAUGAAGAUGUUCUUUUUACUCCUGUAAAAUUUUAUGGUGAGGAAUGUAUUUAUGACAAUGAAUUACAAGAUGAUGAAACUCUGUUAUUAAUUAAAAAAGAUUUUUCAAAUUUUGAAUUAAAUGAUUUUGACGAAGUCAAAGAAAGAGGUUAUUAUUUAUUUCCUGCCGCCAAUGGUGUAACUUGUAUUAAACAAGAAAAGAAUAUUAAUGUUCGCACAAACAAAUGUAGAAUUUAUUUUAGUCUAAAAAAACUCUUACCCGUUUAUGAUGCUGUGAAAGAUGAAUUAUCUCCAUUAUUUAAUCAACUGUUAUUUUUGCUGUCAAAAAUUAUUGGUGAAUGGCCUCAUGUACUGUAUUUUACUUUUUUAGCUGUUGAAAAUGCUAUUGUUUUCCGAGAUGAAUAUGAGGAAUUUAAAAAAGACUUAGAAGCGGGAAAAAGAAUUAGUAUGGGAGUAAAUGAAAUGUACCGAUAUCGUUAUUUUCUUUCAUUGGAUAAAUCUGAAGGAAGUUUUUUUGAUUUUAAUAUGGAGAAAUAUAAUAUUCUUAAAGAAUAUCCUUUCGAAUACAGUUCGUAUGUAAAUCCUAAUUCAGAUGAAGCAACCAUUUAUAUUGAAGACAAGAUGCAUUUUUAUACUGAGGCUAAUUUGAAACUGGCGUUACAUUUAACCAAUUUGAUUUAUUUUUAA